AUUUAUUGAAGCGUGAUUCCAAUGCUUAAAUGUGAUAAAACAUACAAUUGUGGUGUUAGUAAUUGCUUCAACCAUCAGCAAUGUAAUGUGGGUGUUGUGUUAUUGCAGAAAUAAAACUUAUUUUGAUUAUAAUAAAAAAAAAUAUAUAAUGAGGUAAAUAUAUAAUUGCAUUAUCUUAGACCCGAAUAUGAUCUCAUCGGUGUACAUUUAAUUUAUGAAAAUAAAUAUAUAAAUUAAAAAUUGAUUGCGGAGUCCCGAAAAGAAGGAACGUGGUUUAAGAAAAGCAAAGUAGGAGAAGAGAGGCAUGCAGUGAUGGCGGAAGUGUUUUAUUGGAUAUUAUCCUUUGUUCUUAUUCUAACCCUUCUUUGUCUUCUCGGUUACCAGCUUAUAUUGUUGGUGGACUUGGAGUUUGAUUAUAUAAAUCCAUAUGAUUCAACAUCUCGGGUAAACCAGGUUAUCUUGCCUGAGUUUUUAAUGCAAGGAAUCUUCUGCUUUAUCAAUCUUAUAGCAGGACAUUGGUUUAUAUUCUUGAUAUCUCUCCCUUGCCUCUACUUCAAUGUGAGAUUGUACAUUAAAAGAGAACACUUUGCCGAUGUUACUGAAAUCUACAACAAGCUGAAUUGGGAGAAAAAGAAACGCUUGUUCAAAGUUGGACACCUUAUUGUGAUAUUUGUCCUUUCUAUAUUGAGCUUGGUAUGGUCCCUCACCGACGAAGUGCAUUAACCGGUAGCUUCCUUCUAAGCCUGCAGCUGAGGCAUUCAAUUUUUUGCGGGCUAAUCCAUCUUUUAAACCGAAGUCCAUGGGCAAGAACUGUGGUUAGAGUCAUCGACGACGACCCUUGCUUUUUACAGAGGGAUAUGUGACAAUCAGUGUUGACGCUAAGCCAAGAAUGAGAGAAAAUGAAGCUUGAGAAGGUGUGAUACAUAUUCUUGGUGAAGUUUUAGAUUUUUUUUGAGUUAGAGUGUUUUAGACAUGAAACAAAAAAGUAUGUUUAGAUGAUAAUCAUUUAGGUACAAACAUGUUGCUUUUCUGCGAUAUAUGCAUAUUUUUACUGUGUUAUUUGCUUCCUUGAAAAAUUCUAGAAACAAAUGCUAGAAACACUCUUCAACUAGAUUAUAGCUUAUUUGGUAAA